UAAAUGUUGCAACAAAGGAGGAUAAAACACCCAGCUGGAACUUAAACAGUUGGACUCCGAGCCUUAAGUGAGGCCUAUUCCUUCUGAGGCUCUUUGUUUUGUUUGAAGAAGGCGACGCUUGCAGAGAACCACCCUUGAUUAAUCAGUUACAUUCACGUUUUAUUGUGAAGACUACGAGGCUCGUCCACUUCGUGAAGGCUUCGGUUGGCAGGGACCGAGGCUUUUGUUGAGGACUCGAUCUAGGGCAAUUUUGUUUUUGCGUCUUGGACCCUGCGCGUCAUCUGCAGUUUUAUUUCGUGGCUCGCAACGAUGGAGAAGGAUUCGAAGACGAUCAGUGGAGACACUGAGGUGAAGACGAAGGAUGGUUUUCUUUUGAGCGAGGUCCAGGAGGGCAGUUCGAAGUCCUCCCGGCCGACCCUCGCCAUCUUGGGGAGCGGCGACUACAGCCGGUCCUUGGCCGAGCGGCUGGUGCGGUCAGGGUUUCCCGUGGUGGUGGGCAGCAGGGACCCCGACCGGAAUCGUCGACUCUUCCCGCAGGGUGCAGAGGUGACGACCCGCCAUGCCGCCGUGUCCCAGGCUGACCUGGUGUUCGUGGCCGUCCAUCGGGAGAACUACCCCGACCUGCAGGCGGACCGGGAGGCGCUGGCCGACAAGAUUCUCAUCGACGUCAGCAACAGCACCAAGAUCCGAAAGGGUGAGUCGAACGCCGAGUACCUCGCCAAGUUGUUUCCCGCCUCCACAGUGGUGAAAGCUUUCAACGUCGUGUCGGCAUGGACGCUGAGCUCAGGGCUGUCCGGGGGGUCAAAGGAGGUCUUUGUGAGCAGUGAUGACCAUGAGGCUCGCCAGACCGUCAUGCAACUGGCCAAAGAGAUGGGUUUCGCCCCGGUGGAUUAUGGGAGCUUGCUGGCCUCGCGCGAGAUCGAGGCUAUCCCUCUCCGCCUGCUUCCAUCCUGGCACUUGGCUCUCAAGAUGUCGUUUGGAGCGUUCGUCUUUCUCCUGCUCUACACUCUGUACCGGGGAAUUGUGUUUAAAGCAAUCGAUGGCCAGCCUGACAUCCCCUUUCAGCAUAUCCCUGUGCACUACUGUAAUCGUGCUCUAGCCGGGACGGCCAUCACCAUCCUGUCCUUUGUUUACUUCCCUGGCGUCCUCGCCUCUUUCGUCCAACUGUACAACGGCACGAAGUACAGGCGCUUCCCCGGCUGGCUGGACAAGUGGCUGUUGGCUCGCAAACAGCUCGGUCUGCUGUGCUUGUUUGUCGCCUCUAUCCACGCCUGCCUCUCGCUGCUGGAGUUCAGCCCGGCCUACUACGGGCGACAUUUCGACAAGACCACGGUGACUGCAGAUGGGGGUGUCGUCUUCGGUCAGAUGCGGUGGAGCGGAGAGACUUUCCUCCUCUUUGGUGCGCUCGCUUUCUUCCUGAUGGUCGUUCUCGGUGUUUCCUCCAUCCCCUCCGUUACCAACGCCAUGAACUGGCGCGAGUUUACAUUUGUUCAGGGCAAGCUCGGCUGGGUUGUCCUGCUUCUUGCCACCACCCACAUGGUGAUCUACGGCGUGGACAUCUUCGUCUCACCGUUUCUAUUUGUCUCUUACACCAUAGCCGGAUUCCAGAUCACCCUGAUCCUGCCCGCCAUCUUGAUUCUGUUGAAGGUCGUGACCUUGCUGCCCUGUGUCAGUUCUCGCGUGAACAGGAUCCGGCGGGGGUGGGAGAGAAAAGUACCCGGUCGGGAAGAGACGCCUAACGAUGGUUGCCAGGGUGAUGAAAUGACGUCAUUGUAACUAUGGUUACCCAAACGACGCCAUUUCAACUUUUGAUCAAACUGGAUGUGUCCUCGGUAGUAAUCAGUUUACUAGUAUACAGUGUGUAAGUUCUAUCGAAUCGGAUAUUUCUGUAGCUUUUGUAACUUUAAAAUCACUCUUCAUGAGCCUAACAUUAUAGCAAGCAAGGUUGAAGGAAAUAGAGAGAAACCAUCCACAGUGCGAGCAUGAAAAGAAUACAGAAUCAUGUGAAAUCUUUUGUAGUAGUGUUUAAAAACAAAAAGGAAUGAAUACAUUCCAUUCAGUGCCCUACUAUAAACAUAUAUACAUGGUGAUCAUAACCAGAUGUUGUUAAUAAAUACAAUAGUCUAUUAACAACAAUCGCUCUGAUUCUUUGUUUAAUGAAAUCAAAUCUCUCUACAUACUUUAUACAGAACACGGUGACACGAGUACAUACGAGGGGCAUUCAAUAAGUAAUGUCCCUGACCCACUUCCAGUUG